AUGCCAGCCAAUAUCUGGAUAGAAAAGAAAACAAAAUUUCUAAUUAAACAAUCCAACAAUAAAACGCUUACUUGGCCCAAAAGUCAAACACGCCAGUGCUGGAAUAGGAAAAGCAAUUCACCUGCUGAGGCCUAUAAAAGGAGCGGGAGUUAUGUGAGCGGAACACACUUCCUCCGGUACCUGGAAUCGAAAGACCUACAAAAUGAGGCUCCUUCUCGUACUUACGGUCCUCGUGGUGGCCAUCUUCCUGUCCUCCGUGCACUCCGUUCACUCCGCCUCCUCCGACUCCGAUUCAUCCGACAACUCCGAUUCAUCCGACGUUUCCAACGCAUCCUCGGGAUCGGAUGAAUCUGACACCUCCAGUGCUAGCGGCUCCAGCGAGGAAGCAGCCACGACGACCACCACCACGACCACCACCACCGCCACACCCGCCCCCAAGACCCACAGGAUUCAUCACCGACGACACAGACGCCGCAUCAUCAGGAGAAUCAUCCGGAGGCGAGAAGGCGAGAGAAGACGUCGCCGUGGUUAAACCAAACAAGUGGUUUAAUACUUUGACAAAGGGCAGAGCACAGACAGUACAGUGUAUGAUCAUUUUGCA